AUGCCGCAUCUCUCGCUGAGAACCUCACGACGAGUUGAGGGCUUGAAAGACAGCGACUACGACCAUGAGAUAAGCCUCCUUGACCAAGAGACUGGCCAAGCCACCAGUCCCGCGCCUUUGAGUACGGAUCGUCAGGAGAGCGCUGGGCCAGGUGGAACUCAACAGACGUCAACGGAGGGAACGCCACCUUUCCAGGAAGAGGGAGUAGGAGUUCGAGAAGGACGUGGAGUUUCAGCCGGCUUUCCGUCGUCUCCCGUCGACAAUGCCGACGAUGCCGUAUCGCGGCCAGCAGAAGGCACGGGCCAGACCCGAGACGCACAAGUCGUCCAAGGCCAUGAUGAACAGCGCCUCGACCCCCAAGAGACGGCACAGAAGGGCCCACCUAUCGAAAUUCAAGGUCCCACCCCUUUGGAUCGUACCGAGACGCAGGAGGCCAACGGCACUGUCCAAUAUCCACGACCGAGGAAACCUGAAGAGCAAGAGUCUGCGAUAGAUAUCCUCUGGGAAAACGAGCGGGGUUGCUUUCUCUGCGGCACCGCCCUCUUCUCCUCGGCGGCGUUGGGCAACUUGGACCCGUCGCCGUGGAUGAACCAGUAUCACAAGACGAGCCCAACGAACAUCAGGACUGCGCAGGUCCCCGACCCGUCGUGGGAAUGGGUAUGGCCAGAGUGGCGCAUCAACCUCGAGGAGGGCGUAGCCGUGGACGAGUUUGGGUGGGAAUACUCAUUCAUGUUCCAUAGGAAGUUCUCUUGGCAUGGUCCCAAGUGGUGGAACUCGUUCGUGAGGCGGCGAGCAUGGAUUCGAAAGCGCGUCAAGAAGAAGGCCGAAGACGUGCCGUCCGACCCCCAUAUGCUUCACACGGACUACUUCGAUAUCGCGCCGGCUCGCAGCCGCAGCCGCAGUCGUUCUCGCUCCCCUAGUACGGUGACACGCCCGGCAAGCAAUGCGAGCUGGCAAAGUCGCGCCAGCGUUUACAGCAAGGCCGGCGGCAGCGCGGUCUCCAAGGGCGAGAGCCAGCCCGAAAAGCGACCUGACAUCCAGGACAUUGACAUGCUCCUGAUGGUCCUGCGCGGCGCCAGAAUCGACAGGGAGAAGAUCGAAGCGGUGGAGAACUACCUGGAGAAUGCCCAGGACGGGCUCGAGCGGCUGGAACCCGAGAUGCACCACAUCAUGGGGGUUUUCGUCUUCCAGGCGUCUAGAAGGCUGCUCCUGGGCCGCCUGACUCAGGUGCACGACGAGAUGGGCAAACUCGAAGAGCAAGAUGAGACGGGCGGGCUGAGGGUGAAGAGGGAACGACUGGACGCUGCUAUCAAGCAUGCCGACGAAGAAGUCAAGAGGCUAUCCUACUGGAGCGAUAUCAAGGGCAUGGCCGAGGGCGGCGAGUCGCAGGGUGCAGUCGAAAUGCGCGAAGGCUGGGGGCGAGAUUGGGAAGGGUUGGACCAGAGUGGUCCUGGGCACGUUGUUGACUCGGGCAAGCUUCCUUGA